GAGAGAUCAUCUUAUUUCUUUUGAUUUAUACUUAUGAGGUCAUUUCACAUAAGCAAUUACAUGUAUAUAUAUUCCCAAAAAUAUUAACAAUGUAAAAUAAAUGAUCAUGCAAUGUUCUCCAAACGUAAAAAAGUUUAGGAAAUGCUGACGAUGACGAGCGUGACGACCCGCAAUUCAGCGGGACAUCAUACUUUGUAUACAAUAACAAUGGGCAACAUAGAGGGCUGGGUCUUGAUUCAGGUAUCGCUCGGGGUAUUGGUUGAAAAAAAUUCGGGAGCGAAUCCGUUAGCUCUAGUAGAUCGGAUUGUUAUGCGACAAACGGAAAUGCGACUUAUCCUUGGGUCCAAGCUGAAAAAAUCCGGCAUAUAGUUGGGACAGAGCGAACCUUCGCACUGUUUCGAGAUUCGUGGCGAGGUAAAGAUUGUAAGCAGGCAAAAUUCGACACGGGCAUGUCCAAGGACAGAUAAUUUCGCCCUAAUAGAACCACAGUAGAGUCUAUGCAAAUGCGCCGAUUUGAAAUCGAGGACCUUGCACGCAUUUACAAACGAAUAUUCGUCAUUGUUCUCUCGUUGCGUAUGUCGAAGGGCGCAGAGACAAGUGUGCAUCCUCUUUAACUGUGCCCUGUCUUUAGUGCCGCUAGUUUCGUGUUAUUUGUUACAAUUGUUCAUGUGAUAAGAACAGCUGGCAUAUGGCCACCAUUCGACCAAUGGAACACGUGUUUUUCCUGUCAAGACUUGAUCAGCACCGAUAGUUAUCACUAAUUAUAUACAAAUGAUUAAUACAGGAUGGAAUUGCGAUUCUAAUAACGAUCUAAUUAAAAAAGCGGAGAUUUGUCUUCCAAUUAAGUUUUUUUAAAGAGACACCUAAGCCAUAACUACACAUUAUAAUGCAAAAAUUAUGGACUAUUGUCUUCGUAAUUUUGAUGCCCGACAUUGUAAGGAGUAUGAACUUGACGAAUAGUAACAAUACCAAAAACACGGUAUUAAUAAGUAAGACACACAAUAUGGAAUUAAAUAUGAUGUACAAUGCGGAAAAUAUUACAGAAUUAAAUACCGUACAGAAUACGAUAUUAAAUAAUACAAGUAUAGAGAAUGAAAAUCGCACUCAAUAUGAGAAUAAAGUUCUACCGAAAAAAUAUAUAGUCAUGCAAGAAAUGUAUAGAAAAGAGAGAAAACGUAGAAUGGUAACUCAAGCUGUAAUACAAGGUGCACUAUUAAUAGUUUUACUAUUGAUCCUGAUCAUUAUGGCUAUUAAGAAUGAUUAUAUCAAAUAUAUAUAUAAAUACUCUUCUACAUUCUCUACUCGUCGCAAUCAUCGAUGAGUAAUCCAAGUUAUAUAUCUUAAACGAUUCACACAACCGGUAUGUACACAACCAGACAUCUCACUUUGGGAUUGGAGCAAGAAUCGAUUUGUUCUGUUGUGCACAAUACUGUCAGCGGAUGCGUUCUCGUAUAUAUACAAUUACUGCAAACGACAUUGAACCAGGUAGUAUUUGGGACGCUAGAGAAACGUACAAUAAUAUGCUCGCAAGACGCAGAACACGGGAGGCGAUGAGAAUGAUAUUUUAUUACACUACGUCACAAGAACCUUGUGAUGAAAACAGGGAAUUUGUUCGCGAACCCCAACGUCAAACUGUAUGACAGUAUUUGCUUUCUCUGUUUUUUGAUAGGUCAGCUACCAUAUGUCAUCUAUUGAGGUUUGCAUUAAACAAUGAACGGCAUUGUUAUUACGGCAAAUUGAUAUAACAUCCCCAUUAAUCUGUGAUAUUGUUAAAGUUAUAGAUAUAAAAGUCUAUAACUAUAGCUUAUAGUUAUCUAUAGCUAAAACACUUUCAAUAACUUGAAACUAUACAUAUAUAUAUCAACAAUGCAAUCUGUUUAUAAGAUGAAGAACUUUUCUAACAAAUUUUGCUGCAUUAUAACAAUAAGAAAAAUUGGCAUUUUAAGUUAUUAAUUUAAAGUAAAUUCAAAACUUAUUAAUUAAAGUUAAUAAUUUUUAAUUAAUAAAUUAAUGUAAUCAAUGAAUUAAUUUUAAAUAAAUUGACAUUUUAACUUUAUAUAGUUACUUAGUUUUAAAUUACUUUUAAAAAAACUUAAAUAUGUUGAUUUUUUUAUUACAAGAUAUAAUCCUAGUAAAAGGUAAUUUAUAUUCUUCUAUUUUAUGAUUUUCUUACUAUUUUUUCGAAAUUAUCGACUUUUCUACUGUUUUUAAUCCUAAAAAUAAAAAAAAUGUUUGUUACAAAUUUAAAGCAAAUGUAAUCAAAUCUUUUAAUAGUAGAAUACAUAACGUAAAAUAACUUGUGUAUUAGAUUUUUGAAAUUUGGCUACCUUAUUUUUUAAUAAACAAAUUGUACAUUAAGAUCGGGCAAUGAAAUUAUUUAUGUACUACAUUUUUAUCAUUGUUUGUAUCUUAUUGUAUCUCCAAUUUCAAUAAUCAAUUAUUUCUUUUGUAACAAAUUGUACAAUAAUGUAUAUAUAUGUAUAAUAAUAAAAUAAUAAAUGCGUAUACAAAUAAAAAUUUUACGAAUGUAAUAUAAAUUCUUAAUUUAAUUUUAGUGUCAAAGUGCUUUUUAUUAAAAAUAACAUAUAAUAAUAUAUAUUUUCAAUUUUUUGCCGAUUGAUCUAGAUCAAAUAUGGCAGAAAUAACCAUAUUAUAUUCAAAAAUAGAAAAAUAAUUUUUAAAAAGCUAUUUAUUUUCAAGAAAUAAAAAAAAGCUUUUGUUAUACAUUAAUAAUAUUUUUUGAAGCCAUUAAAACUUGAAACAAUAUUAUAUAUAUUUGUUUUACCAUAUAAAUGUUAAAAUAAUACAAUAGCAAAUAGCUUAUAAACGACAAAAUAAUGUAGUAUCACAAAUGUUGCAAUGAAAUAAAACAAAUGCAUACUAUAAUUAUUUAAUUUGUUCCAUACUUAUCAUUAAAAGUAUUAAAAGAUUCAUAAUAUUCUCUCACGACUGUAUAAUCGUAGUAUCUUACAAUUAGCACGAAUCUGUGAUGUCACGUGUUCAAUAGGCUGUGGUCGAGAAGACACUAGAGAUGCUUCGAAGCAUUGCAUUAACCAAUCAGAAUAGAGAAAUCUUUAUUCUUUUUGUUCUGAUUGGUCAAUCAAAUGCUUCGAAGCAUUUCUAGCGUCUUCCCGACCACAGCCAUAAUUUCACGCAUGCGCACGAAAGUUUCAUUAGAAAAGUUUAUCCCUCCCAUACUCCCAUUUCGCGGUUCGCGGUUUCGCGGUGAUGACAGAAUGACAGAUGAUGAUAAAGAUAAAGUAAACGCGUAGUAUGUCGUAUUGCGCGUACCGGCAUGUUUGAUGUUUCGAGCAUAGCAAUUAAAAAUGGAUUCUUAUCAAAACUUUAUAGAAACAUUUCAACAGGCUAUCUCCACCAGAGAUUUCGCUGCUUUGACAAACAAUUUGAAGAGUGGUCAAGGAUUUCUCGCGAUUAUUUCACUUGAACAUCGCGAAUCAAUUGUACAUACUAUAUUUGAUAAAAGUAAUGGCUUGCUGUGUUUCCUCAAAUGUGAACUUGAAAGACGGGUGGAGGAAAGAUGGAUUGAUAAUGCAUUCACAGAAGGAUUCCAUUUCCUGAAAUUUUUUAUCGAAAAUUUUUACACAACUUCGUGUUUUGCACAAUAUAUCCUUCAAAUUAAGGAUGUGUGUGAGUCAGCGCUGACUAUAAAAUGUUCUCAUUAUACGAAGAAAGCUGCUUGUAAUGUUUUUGCAAAAUUGAUAGAGCUAUUCAGCGAUCAUGAUUUAAGACUUAGUGAGACAGUGGAAAAAUUUAUUAUAGCAUUUCCUAAAAACAACAAAAAAGAGGAAAUAAAAGAAAGAAGAUUGAUAUUACGUGUCUAUGGUAAAAUAGUCAAACACAAUGGAAAUGGCUGUCUAUCGCAGAAACGUUUGAGUUAUAUUUUUAGGCUACUGUAUUCCGAUGCAUCUGAACAGUAUAAACAAAAUACCAAUUUUCCCAAUGACUUCCACAUAUACUUUGAUGUUUUCAUGGACAUGUUGGACAGUAUUGAACCGCCGGAAGAAUUAAGAAAAAAACUCUUUUGCGAAUCGUAUAAAUGGAUUAAGAAUUUCAGUCAGCCGGAUAGACAACAAUCUAUUGUGAUGAUAUCGGCGAUCGAUCUCCUGAGUCGUCAUAUGAAUUUGUUUCAAGAUUAUCUGUAUCUUGAUUGCCGGUAUUGGUAUAACGUUCUUCGGCGUUUAUCGUGCAAAACAACUGCUUCUGGUGCUUGUGGACAGCGGGCAUUGAAAACAUUUUACCGAGUUAUCGGACAUAUUCUAGAAAUAGAUAGCAGCGAAGAUGCACGAAAGUUAUUAUUGUAUUUUCUUGAAGAAUUUGAAAAAGAAUUCAAGAAUACUGGCUUAGAUCUAACCACUUUGAAACUAGUUGUUUAUGGGUUCAGUCAAAUGGCUGCACCAUGCAAAUUGCAUCGGGAUCAGCCUUAUAUCAGACAUAUGUAUUCAGUUAUAGCCAGUUAUGCACUUCCUCUUUGCUCCAGCGAACAGAGUAAUUCGACACACAUAGAAAACAUCUGUUGUUAUCAAGAAGCGCUCUCGGAAAUGUUGUGUCACAUGACUGAUGUUACAAUUGAAAACAUUAACGUUCUUGUAAAACUCAGUAUCUAUACAAUCAAGAGAUUUCCCGACUUGGUAAUAUCUAACAACACACUUGCUGUUUCAGCAUUAAUUAAAACUAUCAGCAAACUUGCAAUCAUCAAUAAAAAUUUGCUGCAGCAAUAUCUCGAUAAUAUAAUUUAUGAUGGCAUCGCUUGGAGCUGUUCGCACACGUUGGCGCUCGACGCGGAGUUACAACGGGAACUGAAUAACUUGCAACAGUCACCGAUAUGCUACAAGAAUUAUUUGCCGUUGUGGACGGAGUUGCUGAACGUCAAAAGAUAUCUCGGAUGCGAGCAAAUGGUGCAACAUGUAGCAAAUACCCUAAUGAAUGUGUGUAUCACGUUGGUUGGCCGAUUGGACAUACGUGUAAAACGAAUAAACGAGGACAUCGUAUACUCGGACGUGGCCCUUACUCAGAGUGCCUUGAACCAGGCGGACUUUCGCGUGUUCACGAAUCUUGUGGACCUUUACAUCGAUAUGAUCGACGCAUCAGAGCUGUCGUUAUUUGCCAACACCGUGUGCAGAUUUCUCUUCGAGAUUGUCAGACUGUCGUAUAGAUAUCCGUUGAUAUCUGGUUUCUACAAACUCGUUCGAACUGGUAUGAAGAUUUUCGUCGCUUGCGCGUCAGAAGAAGAAGAGGACACUGGAGAAUCGCAAUGGAUGAAAGAGCUUUUAUCUAAUUAUUUGGCACGUACUCUUGAUCUAAUCCCCACGUUCUCUAAUGAAUUGCUAAUCGCGUGCCUCUAUCUGAUCCUGGAUUCGCCCCAUGCAUACUUCAAGGAUGCGCUGCCAUGCACAUUGCCGGCAUUCAGGAUCGCGUUUACUGUCGGUCUGAGCAAUCUGGAGCUCGCGUACACCGCGCUCAUUACCCUGGAGACAUGGACUGAGCAAGAACGACAGCAGAAGCGAACGAACGAAUUGCUGCGCGAAAUCGUAGCAUACCUGGAACCAUACUUGCGCAGCACGGAGAGCUCCGUCGAGGUCUCUCAAGAUCUGAUGGUGACAACGACGAGAAGUCGCGUGAAACGCGUCGAAGUUAUUAACACUGAAUGUAUGCUGCAAAACUUUCAACGGCGAGUUCUGCUGUUUCUCGGAUCGCUCGAUCACGACUUGCUGUCAAGUUUUGUGCAUGAUCGUGCUUCCCGUAGCACUGGGGCGUCCUGGGAUCACAAGAAUCUGGUCAAAUACACCUUACCGUUGCCGGACGCGCGACCGAACAUCCAUUUUGAUCGGAUAUUGCCACGGAUAAUUGCGUUGGCGCGCGAAUCCAGCGACCGGCGCACCAAGAUUGCGGCCUGCGAGGUUCUGCAUUCAAUGGUAGCGCUCAUCAUCGGCUCCACCGCGCGACACCUGUCCGAUCCGGAGAAUCGUUUCACCGCUCUCUAUGGCAUUCUGUGCCCGGCCAUGCUCGUGCUUGGCUGCGAUUCCGACGAGGUCGUGCGCGGCCUUUUUCAACCAUUGAUGUUGCAGCUGAUGCAUUGGCUUAGCUCCAGGCUCAUGCUAUUGUCGCCCCUUGUCUCGCCCGUUCUCGAUUCGCUAUUCGAUAGCUUAACCGACGACUCGAAUCCCGCAUUACGAGAGUUCUCCGGCACGUGUCUGGCGGAAUUCACACGUUGGUCGCUCAAGCAAGCACCAGAGGUGAAAGAGGUCCAAUCAAAUGUGCAUCGGAUCGUCCAAAAGAUCAACGAGCUCGCACUGCACCCGUCGAUACGUAAACGCGUAGCCGCGGCCGUGGCCUUCAAUCAUCUCUAUGCGAUCUUGCGCGAAGACGACGAUACAGUAUCGAUCUAUUGGCUAGAAAUAUUCUACUGUUUCGUUUGCAGUUUGAAUGAUGAAUGUGAUGAUCCAUCGAUUGCGAACGCGUUGGCUCACAUCGAAAAAGUGAUGAAAUUUAAGGCGGAUCUUUUGAACGCGCCCGGUCCACCCGACAGGAGGAAGCCGCACGAGUUUGACGGCGCGACUUUGACCCAUGCUCUGUAUUGGUUGCUGUCGCGGUGUGGAACACUCGACGAACGUUGCCGAGCGAAAUGCAUGGAAUUGUAUAUUAACAUAUCACAACACGUUGAUAGUUACCCGCACAAAACGAUACAGAUUUUUGUCAAGACUUACGGAAUGGAUCGAUUGAACGAUAUCGUUUUGAGAGGCUUGGAGUCGGGCGUGGAAGACAUUUCUACAAUCGGCCAUAUGAUGCCACUCUUGAAGGCUCUGGAUUGCUACGUGUGGUUGAUGGAAAACCAAUUGCUGUCGAUAGAAACUCUCUUUCCUGCUACUGAUGAUGCACGAGAACACACAAUUUUCUCCUGCAUUCACAGUUUCACUCGUCAAUUCCAGCAAAUAACCGAGGAUUUUUCGGCAGAGGGGGUUGCGAUAAAUUCCAGGGAACUCGAACAGCUGCAGACCCUACAGUGCAAAACUCUGAUGACUACAUUGAAUUUUAUACAAAUGCUGCUGAACAUUAACGUUAAUAUUCUACCGAAGUCUUUGUGGGACGAGUCUUUGUUUGCGUUAACGAUCAAGUGCAUAAUGUUUCCGCGAGCGGUCGGCUUCGACAUCAGGAACAUCGAGAUGACAGACAAGUUGCCACACGUCUUGGAAAUUCUAUUAAACACUAUGAAAUCGCAGCUUACUUAUGCUUUACCGAACAUUUUUAAGGAAUGUCUUUUAAAUUUUGGCCGGAAAUACAUCGCGCGACUUCUUUAUUUGGUCGAUAUCGCGCAGAACAAUCUCGGCGACAGUCUGAUCCAACACGUUAAAGGUCUGAUUCUGUUACAGCGAUGCGAUAUGCUCGAUCGAAUGAUUCUAGAAGAGAGUGGCUUCGCGCACGGCGAAAAAACGGUCAAGCGUAUCUUCAAGUUUCUAGUGAACAAACGCAUCGGCGAAUGGAUUUGUCGCAGUUUAAAUGCGCGGAUGAUUGAAUAUUUGAGAACUCUGAUGGAAUUUCAACUCUCGCUGUUUUCAUCGACGAUCGAGGCCCCGAAUUUGGUGAUACCCGAAGAUACUCGCUCGAUAACCGAGACGCUGAUGAAAUUUAUAUCCAACAAUACUCUGAUCAUCGGCACAGAUUCGACACAGAUCACUCACGGCGAAUAUUUUCUGAACAUGUUUAAGGACGCGAUUUUCGGGUUUAUGUUGACACAUGUCGCCGCAAUUACGCUUGUCUUUGACGAUUUGUCGCGCGACAAUCCGUCCUUCUUGCUCAAGUGGCUGGAGGAUCUGCUGUUGUAUUUGAAACAGCACAGACGCGAAUUGCAAGCUCACGUAGACGCGACGGUGGACGCGAUCUUGCGACAUUUUACGUGCCUGAAGAAUGCCGUCUGUAACAACGACAGUCGCAGGGAGAGACUAAUGAAUAUUUAUGGCACCGUGGUGCGUCUCAGUUCGAACCCUGUGAAGAUCACGCGGGAUUCCGCGUUUCCCGAGAUUUAUCAAUGGAUUCUAGAUCAAUUGAUAGGCAAUAAUGGUCUCGAGUAUAAAAUGCAGAUUCUGCAAAGAUUUCUCAUUUGUCUGACGGACGUGACGACUGAUGAUAGCGGCGACAGGCUUGAAUUGCGAAGGAUCCUGUUGUCUCUAAAGAGCAACGAUAGAGAAUUGUUUUUGAAUCUGUCCGAGACAAGCGUGAACUCCAUGAAGGUGAUCGACUGUUUUGAAACGCUGCUGAUACUGCUGUCGACAACAAAAUCAAUUAUCAUGCUCGAGUGCGUGAUACAGUUCGCAGCCGGUACCGGCGAUCGUCUGUGCCAGGAUGAGAAGAUAGAGGAGCAUCUGCGCGAAUAUUAUCGCGGAACGUCCAGCGAACACGCUCUACGAUCAUUGGAGAUGACGUACUGCGCGUUUAUGAACCGCGACAUUUUUCUCUUUGAAACGGAAAGAUUCGACGUUCUACGCCGUUUUCUCUUGCCGACGUUCAAAUUUUGCGACGCGAUCGCAAUCGAGCACUUCUUUGAGCGAAACAUUUGCGAGUUGCGCAAGUUCCUUUCCGAUCUGAUCACCACCACUGACAACACAAACGUCAAACAGAUCAUAGUAUCCAAGAUCGGAUGCUUUCAAUUGAUAACGAUCAUGUUUGCCACAGUAGAUAUGAACAAGAUAAUCGGCAAGAACGCGACAAUCGCGAUAAACGCUCUAAAUCAAAUUGAAACUGGCAGAGAGCUCAUCCAAAGUUUGAUGAAACUCGCAUACGAGGUGCGAGCUUUAAGGAUCACGGAAUCGGGUUGUAACGAGCUCAUGCGUCUCUUAUACUGCUCUGCGUACAAUUGCGAGCUGACAAUCAUCAGCUUGAAGGAGGAGGAACGUUAUUACCUCGUAGCUUUCAGCAACCGCCUCUCCUGGGAAAACAUCGUGGAUUGCAACAAACGUUACCAGCUCGGUCAGACUUUUAAGGAAUAUCCGAAAACUCGCGAGAUUGCUGUUAACAUGAGAUCCACGACUUUCAACAUAGACGAACCACAACACAGAUACGCAUACGUUCACAGUUACGAUCUAUCGGCCUCUACACUAUGCGAGGACAUCAACGCCUACGAUUUUAACAGAUCCGUCCUGCUACCAUUCAAUCCUCAUCGUUCUGUCUCGGCGGAAAAUCUCGGCGAUUCGCAUGGACCAACGAGCAUUGCUCUCGAAAUCGAUGAUUUCAACGAGCACGAAUGUAUGCCUUAUAUAUGUGUCUUAUUGCGACGUAUCAAGGAAAUUUUUGUAUUGAACAAUGAAUUGCCCAAGUGGCUAUCUACAUUCCUUAAUGGUCUGAAGAAAUGUCCCAAUAUCGUACUGUUCCUGCUGAGGAUCAUUUGGAACACAGUUGAUGUGUUCCAACCUUACGCGAAAUUUAUGCUGACACCGAUUGUCAAAGCCGUCGCCAAUUAUCUGGAACAAAACGAUUUGAAUUAUAUCAUUACGGACAUUCUGGAGAUACUUAUGGAUUGGCACGACGUGGCCGUGCCGAGCAACGAGGACGACAGAACGCAAGCUCAGAUACUCUUUGAGAAGCUCAUCGACAAAGUAUUGGUAGAAACAUUUAACAAUGAACGACGUGUGUAUGAUUAUAAUCUUGGUCUAAUAAAGACCAUGGUGGAGAAGUGGCACAGCUAUCUACGAGUGCCGAACGAUUUGCUGAACACAAAAAUGACAUCCGCGCCGAAGGCCGCGGUAUAUCUCAUCUUAGUGCUCCUCGACAACGGUAUGACGGAAGAGAUUGUCGCGAGGGACGACAUCGUCGACUUCCUACUGAAACCGUUGCGCGAUUGGAAAACAUCCGAAACGGACAAAACGCCUCUGCAGUGCAGUGAGUGCCUCGGAUUGUACCUGAAAUCUUUGGAUAAUCGCAACGAAGUUGGGAGACAGAUUAAGGAACGCAAAGUAAGAGAGAAAAUCUUGACUAUCCUCGGUUCGAUGCAGUCGUACCAAUAUUUAAGCAAACAGGUGAAAUGCAUCGCUGUUCUCUGCCGGACUUAUCCUGAGGUUGCCGUGGAUUACAUCAUCGUGACAUUCAGCGCAAUGGCCAAGAAUGUGGAAAGAUCCUACUGUCUGGAGAUAUUCACGUUGUUCAUGUCGAGACUCAACGCUUCCGAUGACGAAUCUGCGAUUGUGAGUAAGCUGCGUCACAUGCAGCUCGAGAAAAUAUUGACGGACCGAGUACCGUUUUGUGAGAAGCUGGCACUGGGAAUCGUCGGCAACUUAGUAACGAUCAUGCAACCGUCCGAUUUGUUGCUCUAUGUGAAUCUGACGAUCUCGUACAUUAAAGACAUAACCACGGAACACCGGGAAUUAGUCUACGACAUACUCAUGAAGACUUAUGGGAAAUACUCGGCAGACAUGACUGCGAAGGACGAUCCGAUUCUUCAGAGCCUGCUGUCUAUCAGCGUGGAGAAGCUGCUGACCGGUUUAUUAGAUCCGUCACAAGAGCUGCAGGACAGAAUAUUGCGAUUUUGGACGGAGGAGACGACGCUCAGCACGGAGAAAUCGAAGAAUCGAUUGCUAGGACUUCUCUCUAUGCACUCGAUGCUUAAAAUAACGACGAUGACGACGUCGUCUGAAGAUGACGCAUUCGCGCCCUUCAUGGCCCUGUUGAUGUUGCAGCUGGCCACCAAAUCGAUGGACUACAACAAGAACAUAUUUGACGCACCGUUACAUGAUGACUGCACUUUUGAGAACUAUAAAGUAGCUGUUUCCUGGCGAAGGCGAAAUCUAAGUUGCAUGACCCCAAUGUUCGUCAACUCGCUCGCCUCACAAAUGAGCUACGGCACUUUUUCUCAGAUAAACGCCGAUACCAAUUUAUAUGGUACUCUUGUAGAUUCCUAUUCGCUUUUCUCGCGAUACUCAAGUAUUCCUCUGAGACUGCGUGCGACGCAAGAUUUGCAAUUUGAGCCGACUCUUCUCGACGAUGAAACUACGGACGCUAAUUUCGAUGCCGAAUUCGAUCGAUCGAUAACAGCAUCUUCGUCGAGACAGUCAUCCCAAGAUACAACGAUGCGCAAGAGACCCUCUAGACUUCUAGCGAACUCAUCGGAUGUCGCAAACAUCAUCCGUCGUAAGCAAAUACAGAAGAACGUGCAACGGGCAGAAAUGAUGAAGCAGGAAAGUAUCAGACAAAGAAGUAGCGUGAAAUUAUAUAGAAAUUAUAGAAUUGGAGAUUUCCCCGACAUUGAAAUAUCUCAUUCGAAUUUGAUUGUACCGCUUCAACAGUUGAUAAAACUGGAUCGGUUGAUCUGUAAAGACGUGACUGUAUCGUUAUUUUGUUCACUGAUCGAAGAAACAACCGAGAGAGAGAAAUCCGAUGACUUCCGUCAGACCGUCGUGGACAGUUUAAAGAGAAUUCUGCAAGAUUCGAGCGAGAGAGACAGUUCCUUCAAUGCCGUUAUUCUGGAGACAUUGCUACAACUAAAUGUCACCGACUGCGAUCCGCUAGAUAUAGCGAAGAUCUCCAAGACGAGCCGCUUGGACGUUCUCGGCGCUCUUCUCCUGGAACGCAAUUUGUUGCCUGACAUGCGAGAUGAUGACUCGCCCACGCCGAGCAAAAGAAUGCGAGGAUGCGACAACGAUGAGACCGACAAGUGGGUGCAAUUGGCAUCUCUCUAUAAAUCACUGAAUGAUGUCGACGUUGUUUUGAGUAUCUUCCGAGGGCAGCGAUUCUUUGGCGAUGACAUGCAGGAAGCUGCUUUUGCGGAAGUAAAGGGCGAUUGGAUUCAAGCGAGGGACGCCUACACAAGCGCUUACGAACGAAUGGAGAAUCGGUCGAUAAGGGAACACUGCUUUCAAGGAUUAUUUGAGGCCGUCGAGAAUUUGUGUGAUUGGUCGGCUAUCAAUCGGCUUGUAAAGAGCCGCACGAGCGAUGAAAAUCUGGAUGGUGUCUGGAAGGACACGUGGAAGGAUUGGAUGAUUCCAUACGCCUUCGACGCUUAUGUACACAUGCGGGCGGAAAAAAACUGGACGUCGUGCGGCAACGAUCUGCCAGUCAUCCAAUCGUGGAUGAACGAUCGAGAUAAAUUAAAGUAUCUUAAGCAUGUGGUAGGCAAAGAUCUGAUGAUGUUUCUACUGAUGGGCGAAGAGCAACAGCGACAGGCCACCGAUCUAUUGAACGAGCUUCUGGACAAAACGGGAGAACAAUGGGUCAGUUUGAAUCCUCUCUGCACCGAACGGGGAAUACGCGAAUCGCUAAAAUUGCAGGCCAUAAACGAUCUCAACGCUUCGCUCAAGGUUCUUCGAUGCGCGAACGAAGCGAACUACCUAGACCGACUGGACGCGUUAUUGAACUUCUGGUCGUCGAAAGUACCUACCGUUCAAGACAAUCUUGUGCAGUGGAAUAAAUUAACCGCUUAUCGAACGUUUUCUUCAAUGUUAUUUGAAAACAUCUUUGACAAUAUGGAAGAGGAUGACGACGAGGAGGAGAAACGCGCGAUCAUCAAAGAGCGGAUGCGUCGGAGCGGUUUUCAGCUUCGAUUGGGCAUCGCUGAUGCUGCGUUGCACCAGAAACACCGAUACAUCGCCGAAAGGCAUUUGAAUUACAUGAACGAGCAUUUACAGGGCAUCCAUUAUCCGCAUCCAAAGCUUCCGUUAGAGCUUUCAUGGCUCGAGGCUAGAAUCAAGUGUCUGUAUGCCGACAUCGAAACAGACGCACGCACAAAAAUGGCCAAUUAUACCGCUUCCUGGAAAUGCUCGCAUCUAUUGUUGAACGAAAGCGGCGAGCUCAAUGCCAACAUGAAUACCGCCAUCAAGCAGCACGUCGGUGCACUGGCUUCGAAGAUCGAAUGUUCAAGCAGGGAGAACGCAGAAUUCGCGAACGCAUUGGCGAGUAACGCCGCGAUCCUGCAGAAGAUAGGAAUUGCGGAAUCGACGCGCGAUCUGAAUAACAUCCGAGAGCAUUUGCUGCAGUACAGCUUGAAUAAUUUGCGAGCUUGCUGCGAGGACGCAGCGAAGACCGCCGCCACUAACGUCGGCGAGCACUAUUGCGCUCUGGCCCGUCACUGUUACGGUAGACUGACGUCCACCGAUAUAGAGAGCGACGAACUUUUCCACGAAUUCUUAUUAUCCACCCUGAGAUCUAUGCGUUAUGAUUAUCUCGAAGCGGCACAUUAUUUUCCCUGCUUACUAAGACCUGAACGGUUGCGGAACGAGGAGAUGCGUACCACCUUCGUUCGAGAGUGUGCUGAGCUGCAACCAUGGUUGUUUUUGCGCUGGCAGGAUCUGCUGUUCUCCCAUCUGGGUACACCGUCGAUCGCGAGCGCGGUUGUGCCGAUCGUCGAAAGACUCGCCGAGGCUUAUCCCGAUGCGGUAGCUUACACGUAUCACCUGGUUAUUGAGAGAAACCCCGCUAUUCUGCAGGACGAAAACAUUCAACGAGUACGCUCACUUUUGCGCGAUAAAGCGGAGAAGUAUGAACAGUUCUUGCGGGCGAUACAGUACGUGGCGCAACCGGAACUGUAUCUUAAGUAUUAUCUUGAUGAAGUGAUGAGGGAUCUGUCGCGAGGAAGAGGGGCGACGGCCAUCGAGUCGCUGCUGCAAAAGGUUUAUCCGAGCACACGAGCAGCAGAAAGAAAUAAUCCUCGUCCAGGCGAUAUCUAUCGGAUGAUCGCGAGAUACGAAAGCAAGAUAAGAGCCUUGAAUCCUGACAACCGCGAUGCCACACGAGAAGGAAUACGAAGAAUCAUGGAAUCGUUGGAUGAGUCUCUUUUCAUACGCGCGACCAAAAACAGACUGAAUGAUUACAGCCCGUUCUUGCAUCAGUAUAUGGGCGGCGGUAUCGAAAUACCCGGCCAAUAUACUGGUGAUAGGGAACCUAUACUGCGUUAUCACGCGAGGAUCGCGCGUUUUGAGCCACGUGUGGCGGUCAUGCGAUCGCUGCGCAAACCGAUUCGCAUCUGUAUGAUGGGUGACAACGGCAAGGAAUACAAGUUCCUGGUGAAAUUUGGUGAGGAUCUGACGAUUGAUCGCGGUCUGCAGCAGCUGUAUAACACCAUGAACAGAACAUUAAGCAAUGACGCGAGCUGCAGAGAAAGACGCUUAGCCAUAGACACAUAUGAGGUGAUUCCAUUGUCGAAAUCAUUCGGUCUCAUACAGUGGAUCGAGGAUACGAAAUCCUUGGAGGAUCUGGUACGCUUCACUCUAUCAAAGAAAGAGAGCGAUCGAUGCAAGAAAAUUCGCAACGAAUACGCAGAGUGGAUAGCACGCGCGACACCCUCGAAGCGGUCUCAGAUCGAUCAGUACAAGGAGGCCGCAUCCAGGUACAGCUGGCAAACUGUCACGGAGCAAAUGGAGCGCUUUGUCGGCGAGACCAAGCGAACGGCUCUGCGCGAUGCUUUCGUUGCCGUUAGUCCGUCACCGGAGUGCUUCGCGACGUUACGACGUAACUUCGUCGCGAGUUACGCGACGAUGUGCACGGCGCAUUGGCUCGCGGGCAUCGGCGAUCGACAUCUGCAGAACACCCUGGUGCGCGUAACCACUGGACGAUGCCUGGGCAUCGAUUUCGGCCACGCUUUCGGCGGCGGCCUGCGCGCGCCCAUACCAGAACUCGUGCCGUUUCGUCUGACGCCGCAGAUACUAGAGUUACUGCUACCCUUCACCGAGCGCGACCUCCUGGCGACGAUCAUGACUCACGCGAUGCGUGCCUUGCGCGACGACCGCGGCCCGAUCCUCGCUUGCAUGGACAUCUUCAUUCACAAGCCCGUUAAUCGGUCGUCGAAUAUCAAUGACGAGGAGACAACGACGAGGGAUGACGACGAAGAAGUUGAUGCAGACUUAACAUGGUCGUCAAAGAGAAAUAUUGAAAUAGUUGCGAAGAAAUUAGAUGGAAUCCAUCCAUCACUCAUUACAUUGGAACAAUUAAGAGAAGCGCAUAAUGAUAAAUACUUUACAAGAUAUCAUGCCAUUGUCAUAGGCAAUGAUGAAGUCAAACAAGCACGAGCAGAUAUAAGGAAUGAUUGUUUGACACCUGCCAAGCAGGUAAUUUUGAUUCAAUACUUGUAUUUGAUUAGAACAUUAAAAACGAUGCAUAGCUAUACUUUUUUUCCCUGCUAUAGAAGUCUAAAUAAAUAUCGUAUUUUCUUCACACUUUUGAUGUAAAUUGAGAUAUUUACAUUUAAAGUACAUAGAACUCCUGAAUUUUCCUUUUAUGCUUCAGUAUUAAUGAAUAAUAAUAUUUCAGGUGGAUUGUUUGUUAGAUCAAGCAAAAGACUUUAAUAUUUUGGGCCGUAUGUAUGUAAAUUGGCAACCUUGGCUGUGAUAUUGUUCUAUUUGCAGAGUAUUGCAAAACAUUGCAAGAGUACUAUAUCAACGAUUUAAAAAGAGCACAAUAAUCAUGUAUAGAAAUUUUAUAUAUUUUAUAAAUGUUUUAAAUGAAGGAAUUUUAUUUUAAUACGAAUUGAGAGAACAAACUAUAAAAUCAUGGAUAAAAUUACAUACAAUAAAGAUAUGUAAUAUUUCUUAUUAUAAUUUUAUUACAUAUCUCUUAUUGUACUAUAGAAUACAGCUGAUCUGAUAAGCAAAAUUUAUUAGAUUUUAUAAAUGUUAAUUAUAUUUAAUACGUUAUUAAAAUCCAUCUAUAGACAUGCAAUAUAUCAAUUAAAAGAAGAAGUUCGUAAUAUUUGCCGAGUCUAUAUGUAUGUAUAUGUGAGAAAGAGAAGUUCGAUUUAAGAGAUAGAAACUAAUUGGAGAUUUGACUUUUUAAUUAUUUUGCAAUUUAUUACAAAUUUUAGAAGAGAAUUUAUAUAAAAAAAAAAAUCGAGAUUUUUUAAUUUUAUAUUUAUUUGUAUAUUUCCUAUUUUUUGAUAUCUCCUUUGCCCCUAACAUCUGCCGGAUAUAUAUUUAUUGCAUUUGAACUUGAACUUUGGAUUUGUAGUGAUUUUCAAAUCGUGUACCUAUCACAUACAUGUUUUAUACACUGGAUAUAUCAAAUUAUCUUUGCCUGAUGCUAUUUAAAUUUCUAAACAGUAUGUUAUACAUAUACAAUCGAUAAUAUUGAUUUACAGCCUACUUUUAUAUAUAAAUAUAUAACUUUGUACAAGAUUAAAACACACAUACCAGAUGAAUGAAAUAUGAAUUAAUUUAAUAUCAUUCAACUUGGAUUAGGUAAAACUACUUCUCUGGAAGUCCUAUUUGUAAUAGUUUUAAAUCCUAAAGCGUAUCUCGAAAUUAAUUUAUUCUAAAAUAAAAGUCUAUUUUAAUAUUAUUCAAUAAUAAAAAAAUAUAUCAUUCUAGUAUAAAAUAUUAUUUACUUUACUAUUUCCUAAAUAUUUUAUACAAUCAUGAAAUGAAUAUUAUGAUCUAUGCUUUACAAUGUAAUAGUUUCCCUGCAUCUAAAAAUAAAGAUUUGUACAAGAAAUAAGUAACAGAUAAAAUAAAUGUGUAGAUCAUCCUUAUGUAUCA